AUGGGCUCUAUCAACGAGAACCCCGCUUUCGGCUAUUCGCCUAGCAACCUACCUCAGCAACUUUUCAUCAACAAUGAAUAUAUCGACGCAAAAAACACUGAGACCAUCUCAGUCUUCAAUCCAAAGGACAAUUCACUGGUCUCCGAUAAAGUGCCUGUUGCGGGCGCAGAGGAUGUUGAUGCGGCCGUGGCCGCCGCGGAAGCUGCCUUCCCCGCAUGGAAGGCCAUCACGGCAUUGGAGCGACGUAAUAUUCUGCUGAGGUUCGCCGAUCUUAUCGAUAAACAUAGCCUAGCUCUGGCAGAGCUCACGCGAAUCACGCUUGGUGCACCGUAUGGGCCGUUCGGCAAAUUCGAACUCGGCAUGGCCACGGAGUCAUUCCGUUACAAUGCAGGCUGGAUUGACAAGUUCGCCGGAGAGGCGCACCCUCAAGAGAAUGGCUUCAUGAAGAUCACUCGCCAUGAGCCCUUGGGCGUGACUGCGGGAAUCGUCCCAUGGAACGGCCCGCUUGGAACAGUCGGUCUCAAGGCGGCUCCGGCGCUGGCGACUGGCAACUGCUUCAUCCUAAAACCUUCAGAGAAGACGCCAUUUGCUGCGUUGGCUUUGGGCCUAUUGAUCAAGGAAGCUGGCUUUCCACCCGGCGUCUUCCAGAUUUUGUCUGGGGCUGGGCCGACGGGAGCUCUCCUCGCACGGCACAUGCGUAUCCGGAAGGUUAGCUUCACUGGGUCGAUUAGGACUGGGAAGCUGAUCCAGAAGAUGGCUGCCGAAACCAAUCUCAAGCGAGUCACCCUUGAACUCGGUGGCAAGUCUCCAGCUGUUGUGUUUGAUGAUUGUAACUUGGACAAUGCUGUCACCUGGUGCGUCAAUGCGAUCGCAGCCAACACCGGUCAGGUUUGCUUUGCCGCCUCGCGUGUUUACGUGCAAGAGGGUAUUCUGGACAAAUUCACCGAGAAGUACAAGGCAGCCUUGGAGGAGCGCGCCAAAGCAAUUAAUGACCCUGAAGAGGCGACGACACUGAUGGGGCCUUUGGUGGAUGAAGCCCAGUUCCGACGUGUGACUGGUUUCAUCGAGCGAGGUGCCCAGCAAGGGGCGAUCCUCACUGGAGGAAAGCGCGUCGGCGACAAGGGAUACUUCAUCCAACCCACCGUCUUCACAAAUGUCGCGGCCGAUGCCGAGCUGUACCGAGAAGAGAUCUUUGGCCCGGUAUCUAUUCUCAACUCUUUCAAAACUGAAAGUGAAGUGCUUCAGAAGGCCAAUGCCACAGAGUACGGACUUAUGGCUGGUGUCUUCACCCAGGAUAUCAACAAGGCCAUGCGAAUGGCUAGCGAGUUUGAGUCUGGAAUGGUCGGUAUUAACUGUGUUAGCCUGAAUAUGCUAAACGUGCCCUUUGGUGGUAGCAAGCAGAGUGGUCUUGGUCGUGAAUGUGGCCGUGCUGCCCUCGAACAUUUCACCGAGACAAAGACAAUCAUGAUCAACUUGACAUACUGA